CCAGACAUCACAUCACAGUCUCAUACUCGUGAAAUAUGCAGCAUGAGCAGUCUCCCUCUGUCAUCCGCACAAUACUAUCGCCAGAUCUCCAUGGCGACUCCCCCUGAAUUCCACAGCUUCAUGCACCAAUAGUCUCUCUCUCUCUCUCUCUCUCUCUCUCUGCUCCUUCUUUCAGAAUGCCCUUGAGUGUCGAGGAUUCAACACUUGACACUAAUCCCGGCAACAAAUCCUCAGAAAGACCGUCGUGCUUUAAGAGAUCACGAACAAUCGCCGCCGGCGAGCUUCGACGAGCCACCCCUCUCUUCCCUGCCCUCCGCCGCGUCUCCUCCUCUCUCUCGUGCUCUAACCGGCCGUUUGGUGCGCCGGCUCGGCGUGCUUCUAUUAAGGCUUCGAUUUUCGAUGGCCGACACGGUAGGCUGGUGGAUGCCGUGCAAGGAAUGAGUGCUUCUGCGGCGGAGUCGAUACCGAAGGUGGAGAAGGAAGUGGUUCCGAUGGCGGCUCGAGUUUCAGGCUCAGGGACUACAGACGGCGCUUGUAUAAUUUGGAGAUUCAACUGUUCUUGGGUUCUUUACUUGCUCACUUUCUGUUGUAUAUUAUCUGUAUCUUAUGUAAUUUAUUUAUGGAUCGAAACAGCAGGACUCCAGGAAGAGAUUAUUAACCUUCAUAAAGAGUGUAGUCAGAAAGAUGUUGGGAAUAACAUCAUCAGAGUUUUGCAGCGUGAAGAUAUUAAUUCAUUGUCUUAUUUUAGCAAUGCUGAUAGUAGAACUGUUGCUCUAUAUACUGUUCUGUUUGUACUCAGUAUUCCAUUUUUGUUAUUCAAGUAUCUUGACUAUCUUCCUCAAAUAAAGAAUCUCUUAAAGAGGGAAAUGAAUAACAAGGAGGAAGUUUCCUUGAAGAAGAGAAUUGCAUAUAGGGUGGAUGUUUUUUUCUCCGUAUAUCCUUAUGCAAAAAUUCUCGGGCUUCUCUUUGCAACUGUAUUUCUCAUAGCAUUUGGUGGCUUGGCACUGUACGCUGUUAGUGAUGGAAGCUUUGGUGAUGCUUUAUGGCUUUCGUGGACUUUUGUAGUUGACUCAGGAAAUCAUGCUGAUAGGGUUGGUACUGGGCCAAGGAUUAUAUCUGUUUCUUUAAGUUCAGGAGGCAUGCUGAUAUUUGCAAUGAUGCUUGGGCUUGUUUCUGAUGCAAUCUCAGAGAACGUUGAUUCACUACGAAAAGGAAAAAGUGAAGUAAUUGAGAGGAACCACAUACUAAUCCUUGGAUGGAGUGACAAAUUGGGUUCACUCUUGAAGCAGCUAGCAAUAGCAAAUAAGAGCAUCGGUGGUGGUGUUGUUGUUGUACUUGCUGAAAGAGACAAGGAAGAAAUGGAAAUGGAUAUAGCAAAGCUAGAGUUUGACUUCAUGGGGACAUCUGUCAUAUGCAGAAGUGGCAGUCCUCUCAUAUUGGCUGACUUAAAGAAGGUCUCAGUUUCAAAGGCCCGUGCUAUUAUUGUAUUGGCAUCAGAUGAAAAUGCUGAUCAGAGUGAUGCACGUGCUUUGAGGGUUGUGCUCAGUCUCACUGGAGUAAAAGAGGGUUUAAGAGGUCAUGUUGUUGUAGAGAUGAGUGAUCUUGAUAAUGAGCCCUUGGUGAAGCUUGUUGGAGGAGAACUUGUUGAAACAGUUGUUGCACAUGAUGUGAUUGGACGUUUGAUGAUACAGUGUGCUCUCCAACCUGGCCUCGCACAGAUAUGGGAGGAUAUUUUGGGGUUUGAGAAUGCUGAGUUUUAUAUCAAAAGGUGGCCUCAGUUGGAUGGAAUGCGUUUUGAAGAUGUACUUAUUUCAUUUCCUGAUGCAGUUCCCUGUGGAAUUAAGGUUGCUGCAGAUGGUGGGAAGAUAAUUAUCAAUCCAGAUGAUAAUUAUGUUCUGGAAGAAGAUGAUGAAGUCCUUGUUAUUGCUGAGGAUGAUGACACCUAUGCUCCUGGUCCUCUGCCAGAGGUAAGAAGGGGAUUUUUUCCUCACAUAAUUGAUCCUCCAAAAUAUCCUGAGAAGAUACUGUUCUGUGGCUGGCGUCGUGACAUUGACGAUAUGAUUAUGGUUCUAGAGGCAUUGUUGGCACCGGGUUCAGAACUAUGGAUGUUUAACGACGUUCCAGAAAAAGAAAGAGAGAAGAAGUUGACUGAUGGUGGUCUUGAUGUUUCUCAAUUGGAGAACAUAAAACUUGUCCAUCGUGAGGGAAAUGCUGUCAUCCGUAGGCACUUGGAGAGUCUUCCUUUGGAGACAUUUGAUUCUAUUUUAAUUCUUGCCGAUGAAUCUGUGGAGGACUCCAUUGUACAUUCUGAUUCACGGUCUCUUGCUACCCUUCUCCUCAUUCGAGAUAUUCAGUCAAAACGUCUCCCUUGCAAAGAUCCUUCACGGCAUUCUGGAUUCUCCCAUAGCUCUUGGAUCCGUGAAAUGCAGCAAGCUUCAGAUAAAUCAAUAAUUAUUAGUGAGAUUUUGGACUCUAGGACAAGAAACCUGGUGUCUGUAUCAAGAAUUAGUGAUUAUGUGCUGUCAAAUGAGUUGGUUAGCAUGGCACUAGCAAUGGUAUCUGAAGAUAAGCAAAUAAAUCGUGUUCUUGAGGAACUCUUUGCAGAAGAGGGAAAUGAGAUGUGCAUCAAACCAGCAGAAUUCUAUGUAUUUGACCAGGAAGAGCUCUGUUUUUUUGAUAUAAUGAUUAGGGGUCGUCAAAGACAGGAAAUUGUGAUUGGAUACCGCCUUGCAGCUACAGAGCGUGCCAUAAUUAACCCUGCAAAAAAGUCAGAGCCAAGGAAAUGGUCCCUUGAUGAUGUGUUUGUUGUGAUUUCAUUGGGUGAUUGAUGAGACUACGAGAAAUCUCUUUUUACCAUUUUGCUGAGGGUAUUCUAAUGCAGUUGAUACCCAAAGCUUACCCCAACUGCUGAGUGGACUAGUGAUCAUGGCCUUUCAUGCUAAGCAUGAAGUGUUUUCAAUCCUUCCUACUUCCCUUGCCCCGUCCUUGCCUAUUAAAAUAUCAAAAUAGAAAAAAUAAAAAUAAAUUAUGCCACUUGACCCAACUCCCCUUAUCUUUACGAUUUUGAAAAUUAUAGCUGAAUUUGGUUGAGCAAAUCCACUUAUUCUAAUAGAAGGGAUGACAUCUCAUAGAAAUACAAUGACUUGGCAAUCUGCGGUUGGAGAUUGCAACAGAGGAUGGAAAGGUUAGUCCAGAUAUUUUGUACCUGUAUUUUCCAGCUAAUAUAAGUUGCCAUGGUUUAGCAUUAGGUUGCUGUAUGAAUUGUAACUUAAUUUGUAUCCAGGAAAAAUUCUCUCAGCCUAGUGGAGCAUUUUAGGAUGCCAAUCAUGAUGUUGUAAGCUAAUUUGUUGUACCUGAGUAUGAACUCAUCAUUCUAAACUGAAUGUUGGGAAGAAAUUAAUGAAAUGUUAAUGUGGGGGACAAUUUCCUCAUGGAUCCCUGUUUAUAUAA